AUGAACGAUAGCGGGUAUUUGGACGAUAGCCGGACGCGGAGGGGUAACAACGCACUUGCGCCGACGUCGUUGAUCUCGACGCUAGCCCAGCGCCAACUUAGUGCGCAACAGACGUGCAUAUCCCACGACACAUACGACCAAGCGUGUCACUGGGACGCGUACCACGCUGCGCCUCAGUCGCACCAAUCCCAACGUACACACUACUCUGAUGCGGUCUCCGACUCGGACGGCUCGACGAGCUCGUCGUAUCAGCGCGCGCUUGAACAGGAAUGGCAAGACCAGCUCGAUCAGUUGAAGCUGAUCCUGCAAAUCAUCGUGUUUCCCUUUGUCGGCAAGUUCUUCGGUCGAAAGUUCGGCUACUUCCUGUUCAACCGAUACAAGCUUUUCGGCUCGCCGUUUGGCGUCAAAUUCUGGUCCGCCACCGCCGCCGCUGUCUUGCCAACCAAGUAG